AUGCAGGCAGUCUUUGAUUUGGCAUUGGCUGAUGUAGUGGGCACAUCUGAUGUGACCUACGGCUUGGUACUUUCUGGAAGGGUACUUCCCAUAGCAGGAGCUGAUUCGGUGCAUCUGCCAUGUAUUGUCACUAUUCCUGGAAGACUCAACACAGAACACCUCUCUACAGUCGAAGACGUCAUCCACCACAUACACAAAGCUACUUCUGAGUCGCUUGAGUAUCAACAUACGUCCCUGAGAUACAUCCAGCGCUGGGUCAAAUCGGAAGGCCCCAUCUUCGAGUGUCUUUUCUCAUUCAUCAAGUCUGCCGAAGCUCAGGGUCACGACUUGUGGGAGGAAGCACAGAGCAGCAUGCCCUCAGAGUACCCUCUCGCCGUCGAGGUAGAGGCCGACGCAAAGAACGGUUGUGUUCGCAUCACUUGCGGUUUUACGUCAGCCUUUGGCCAUCCAGAUUUUGCUCGAGACUUUGUGGCAAAGAUGAACCUGAUGGUGUCCACGAUAGUAUCAAAUGAAUCCAUCUCGCUUGAUUCUUUCAACCUUUCCCGGUCAGCCUCGGCCGCCACAAGGGGCCCUUCCAAGGACUGGGAUGAUCAUCCAUGGUCAAGCCUGGAGCUUGAAAUUGGCGACAUGAUAAAGCGUUUCUGUGGCUGGGAAAGUUUGCAGAUAUGCAGGAACUCGUCGUUUUUGAGUCUUGGACUGGAUUCCAUGACUGCCAUCCGAUUUUCCAGCCAGCUUCGAGAUGCGGGAAUCGCUGUUUCAUCGGCCGAGGUGAUGUGUUUCCCUUGCGUGGGAGCAUUAGCUCACAGGGUCGUCGAGGCAGCCGUGGCCGACGUCCCGAGCCCUCCGCUAUCAUAUUGCGACGACGAUCCUCAGCUCGACGAGUUUGCAUCUCGAGUGGCACGACUCAGCUCAAACGAUAUAACCAAGGCGGUUUCCAAAUGCAGUCCGCUGCAGACUACAAUGAUCACCCAAGUCAUGGAAUCCAAUGGGGUUGUCUAUGUUCAUCCACACAUUGUGAGACUCGCGGAGCCGACAAGUGUCGAUCGCUUGAAGGAAGCUUAUCACGUCACCAUCGAGACCAAUGAUAUCUUGCGCACAUCUUUCCAUACCGUCCCUGAGAUGAAUUUUUCCUGGAUUGGAGUCGUUCACAGCGAUGUUCCACUUGCGUGGCAAGAAACCGCUGUUCCAUCGGGGAGUGACAUUGCCGAAGUGGUUGUGCGGUAUAUGCAAUUGGGAAGGUUUUUGGCUAUCAUUAUGCAUCAUGCACUGUAUGAUGAUGCCUCGCUACCGUUCAUCUUCAACGACCUGGCUUCCGCCUACCAUGGGGUAUCACUACCAGAUCGUCCACCGUUUACAAAUGCAGUCCAUCAUCUAUCCCAGGAUCAAAGCAAGGCUUGCCAAUUUUGGACCAAACUUUUUGACGGCUACCAAGUCACACCGUUGCCGCAAUCUCCCCAGCACAAACAAUCGUCAGGAAUGUUCUACUCUGACACAGACAUUGAGCUUGGCAUGAUGCAUAUAUCCGAGAGCUGCAAGGAGAUGGAGGUCACGGUGCAAAGUUUUGCCAUUCUCGCCUAUGCCAAGCCUUCGGUCAAGUUCUCGCCGGGCGCUCAUCUUUGGGAUCCGAGGCUGAAUGUGUGGUUGGGCGAGGUUCAGAAGUCGCUUCGGCAGAGCGGUGUGCUGAGCGCUGCCACAUUAGUCGACACAUUAUUUGUGCUCCAACAUAAUGUGCAGACACUGGAAGAUGAUUCGGCUAACAAUGAUAUCUGGAUGCCCUACGUCACAGAUGACUACGUCCCUGAGUCCGAGUACAAGCUGAACCUCGAGGUUGAGCAAACGGACAAAGCGAUCAAAGUUUGCGCUCUAUGCAAAGGAGAAAUUCUGACUCGGGCGGAUCUCAACCGGGUGCAGAUGCGUCAGGCGCCGCGACGACGCUUUGAAUGGGGGAGCCAAGGCAUUGGGUUAGACUCCCUCUCCGCCAUUCGAGUCGCGUCUAUGUGCCGCGCCGCAGGUCUCAAAGCAGGUGUUGGUGCUGUUCUCCAGGGCAGUACCCUUCGUGGUAUUUGCCUACGGGUCCAGGCCAUGCCUCAAGAGGGAAUCAACAAGAGCUCCCUGAUUAUGAGCUACAGCGAUAUCAGGCAGGAUGUCAUUGCUCAAUUGGGGUUGAGGCCGAAUGCGAUUGACAAGAUUCUCCCCUAUCUCAGCGGUCAGAUGUAUCAUCUUGCUUCCUGGUUACAAACAGGGCGAGCGCUCUUUGAACCCGCCUGGCCAUUCUCAUGCUCGGAGCGUAUUGACGUAGAGACCAUGAAAGAUGUCUGGUUCUCACUGCGUCAGAACAAUUCGAUUCUGAGGACUUGUUUCUUUGCCAUCGCGCGUUCAGAUGCCGUUCAAGUUGUCUUGAAUGGAUGUGAUCGCGAUGAUGGCACAUUUCAGGUCAUCACUUCCGCGGAAAGCCUUGAGAAUCUUGCUCUGCUUCAGGCAAGGCAGAUUGCGUUGCAUCCUUCAUCUCUGAAGACCCCACCUCUCCGACUUGGUCUUCUCGAGGCCACCGACAGAGAUGGAAUCCUUAUUGUCAUGAAUCAUGCCAUCUACGAUGCGUGGACAAUGCCUCAAUUUGUUGAUGAGCUCGCUGGUUAUUACAGUCAAGAAGCACCCACACCCAGGCCUGAUUUCGCUUCGUUUGUCGAGUUCACUUUGCAGUCAUUGAACGAGGUGGAUGAGCCAGCUUACUGGCGCUCAGCAAUUGGAAACAGCGUUCCCACCCUCAUUCAUUCCGCUCGUGGUGGCGAAGAUGAUCAGACAUCUCAAAAGAACAAGCAGCUAUUCGUCGGGGUGCGAGAUGCUGUCAAAAACCUUGGACAUUUGGACAGAGCCUGCCGCUCCUCGAAUGUCUCUCUUCAAACCAUUGUCAUUCUCGCAGUGUCUCGAGUUCUUGCUCAGUUGACUGGGGUAUCAAACCCAACCUUGGGCCUAUACCAAACAGGUCGAUCGGCUGCUUUCACUGGUAUUGACCGCCUGACUGGCCCUUGUCUCAAUGUCACCCCUUUCACGGUUCAAGAUGCAUUACCAGAGAACGAGUUUGAGGCUUUUCAAGUUGGCGAAAAAGCCCGUUCCAUUCAAGCUGCACUGGCAGAACGUGUACCGUAUGAACAAAGUUCAUUGCGCGACAUUCUCAGCCGUUGGAGAACCACUAGAGAUACUUCUUUGAAUCUCUUCAAUGUGUGGUUGAAUUUACUUUGGAUGCAAACCCAGCACCAGUCCAUUGAGCAUGCUCCAGAGUCGGCUCAACCAAAGAGCUUGUUGGCACAUCUGCCAAUAGGGGUACCUACGGAUUUCAUGCCAUCAAAGCCCUUUCCAGAUGAAGAUGGAUCUGCUACAUCGAUUUCCAAGCUCGACAUAUCCUAUCUGCCACAAAAAAACAUCGACAUCGACAUUGCACCCAAUGGCUCAACAGAUUCUAUUGGAUUUGGUAUCCGUGUCCAAGGAGGACUCAUGAAUGAAGAAGAGAUUCACCUUUGUGGGACUUAUUGGGCUGGAGAUUGA